AUGCGGCACCGGCCCCAGCACCUCGGGCCCCGCUCCCUGGCGCGUCGGCACCAGCGGGCCCUGGCAUGGCUCCUUGGCGGCGCCAUCGUCCUGACGCUCAUGACGCUCCAUGGCGACAACCAGCUACAUCGCAGGGCCGAGGCGGUCCAAGCCCACGGCCAGUCGGGUCUCAACCUGGGCGCGUUGGACAACGAGCCCGACGUCCUGAGGACGCGCCGGGACCCCAGGCCCCUCCUGGACGCCCCGGUACGUGGCACAAAGUCCCCCGUCCCCACCAACAUGGACGUGGUCGUGGAGCGGGCCGCUAGCAACUGGACGCAAGCCGGCAUCAGGCUGGCUGUCCUGGUGCCGCUGUGGCGGUCGCAGGGCCUGGUGGAGCCGCUGCUGGAGCACCUGCACUCCCACAUCCAGGCCCAGGCCGGCAUCGCAGAUUACCGGGUCCACAUCGUGGAGCAGGACCCCGCGCAAAACUUCACCCCCGGCCUGCUCGUGAAUGUGGGCCUGGCGGUGGCCGCAGAGGUCCAGGCCCUUCGCGAGGAGGACGUGGUGGUGUACCAGCAGCCCACGCUACUGCCCGCAGGCAGCGUGCCCUACUCCCUGGCGCCGGGCCAGCGGUUCCUGCACCUCGCCACCGGCCAGUCCUUCUUCGGCGGGCGCCUGCCAUACCCGGGGUACUGCGGCGGGGCCUGGGCUAUGCGGGUGGGCACCUUCCGGGAGCUGCGGGGCAUGGCCAACCAGUACGUCGGAUUUGAGGGCCUGGAGGACGACCUCUGCCACAGGGUGGAGCAGCUGACGCGGAACCUCACCAUCCCUGGGCUGGACCCCGCGCGGGGCCGCUUCACGAAUCGCGACGAGGCGAUGGUUGCCAACCACCUGGCGGCCCUGCACCGCCCCGCCAACCAGCGCCUGUUCCGGUCCCGGUGGCAGGCCGGCAACGGCACGCGUGAGAUCGCCGACGCGGUGGCGGGGACGGCAGGGGACGGCCUGCACGCGCUGCCGGAGGCGUGGCGCGAGCGGCUGGCCAUCCGAGAGGAGGCGGCGCACCACACCUGGUGGCUGCUGGGCGGGCCGCCGGACGCCGACGGCUGGGCGGGGGACGGCGAGCCGGGCGACGCGGACGCCAACGCCGCCACGGUUACGCUGCUCAGCCGAGACGCGCGGUCGGACGUGGGGCUUGGGGACACGCGGGCCCUACUCAGCCUCGCACACGGGCCCAUCGACUAUGACGACCUCCUAGCCUGA